AUGCUCUUUAGGCACGCAUCCCACACGCUGCACCUGCAAAGCCGGUCGCGGGUUUUCAGUCGGGCCAGUCAGGGUGCCGUUGCCUGGCAGACGGAAUUCGCUGGACUCAGCUCGAGCUCAAAGUCGAGAGCUGCGCUGCCGGCGCCUUCCACACGGCAGGUGCCAGCUGCACAGACAGGGACGGCUCUCACCAGCCCAACGGGCACCUCCAACACCAAACCACCAAGCUUAGCUGCUUCCACGUCCUUCACUGCUCGCUUCCAUAUGGGUCCGCAUGCCCCGCCCCCUCCAUCUCCCUCCCUCCCCAUCAACUCCUCCAAAAUCUCGUCACACCGCACCGCGCAAAUUGCUCGCCAUCUAUCAUUAGCUUCUUGUGCAAUUCAACCAUCCAGGAAAAUGGCUUCCGAGUAUAGUCUUCGCAAAACCGGUGCUGCCAACACCUUUGAGCAUCGAGUCUACAUCGAGAAAGAUGGUGUCCCCGUCUCUCCCUUCCAUGACAUUCCCCUCUAUGCCAAUCGAGACCAAACUGUCCUCAACAUGGUAGUUGAGAUUCCUCGAUGGACCAAUGCUAAGCUCGAAAUUUCCAAGGAGGAGCUACUCAACCCUAUCAAGCAGGACACCAAGAAGGGCAAGCUUCGAUAUGUCCGCAACUGUUUUCCCCACAAGGGCUAUCUGUGGAACUACGGUGCCUUCCCCCAGACUUGGGAGGAUCCCAAUGUUGUGCACCCCGAGACCAAGGCCAAGGGUGACAAUGACCCUCUUGACGUGUGUGAAAUCGGCGAGCUUGUCGGUUACACUGGACAGGUCAAACAGGUCAAAGUACUGGGCGUCAUGGCUCUCCUUGAUGAGGAGGAAACCGACUGGAAAGUCAUCGUUGUUGACGUCAAUGACCCUCUUGCGCCAAAAUUGAACGACAUUGAGGAUGUCGAGCGCCAUCUUCCGGGUCUUCUUCGAGCCACCAAUGAGUGGUUCCGUAUUUACAAGAUUCCCGAUGGCAAGCCCGAGAACCAGUUUGCGUUUACCGGGGAAUGCAAAAACAGAGAGUACGCCAUGGACGUGGUCCGUGAGUGCGCGGAAGCUUGGGAGCGUCUCAUUACUAAAAAGGUCGAUCCGAGGGGAGUCUCCAUUGCCAACACGACUGUUGCUCAUUCGGCCGACCGCCUGAACCCCGAGCAGCUACCGCCUCUGCCUCCUCACCAGGAGCUUCCCGCAGAGAAGAUCGACAGUUCUAUUGACAAGUGGUUCUUCAUCAGCGGUGCUUCGGCCUAG